AAAUUGUUUUCAUUUGAAUCAGUUGAUCAAAUUGAUCACAUUAAACGUCAUUAAUGUGAGUGAAUCAUUUUUAUUACAAUUAGUUUUGAUUAUAAAUUCGAGUGUCAAUUUGUAUUUGUGAUCUGUGGAAUGGAAUUUCUAUCAAAAAUCUGGUCAAUUUUCAUUCUUUCUUGAUAUAAAGUGAAUUUCUUUUUCUCCAUCACCUUUGGUUGUGUUUUAAAUUCUCUUUCAUCUCUUUUAUUCUCUAUUCUCUCUCUCUCUCUUUCUGCCUUAGAAAUCAUUGACUCACUCAGGCGCAUUGUGUAUCCAUCGGGCAAGCCUAUUCUUUAAUCAACAGAAUUUCAUUUUCUUUUUCAUCACCAUCAUUUAUUGUUUCUUCCCAAAGGAGUCACUAAUUAUCGGCGUAAUUAUUUCUAGCCCAAUAUUUUUGCCUUUUAACCUUUUAACCCUUUUUACCAAUUUUACCAUUUUUUUGUGAUAUUCAAAUUCUAUUCUACCUUGAGAUUUACCUUUACAAAUCUCAAUUAUCAGUGAGUGAUCAUGGAGGAUAAACCACCACAACCACCAGUUCGAUUAACCUCUCAACAGAAUCAUCAAUUAUCCUCUUUAUGUACCAUCAGAGAUUGUCCUCACUCUAAUCAUUCAAUUUCACAUAACCAUAAUCAUCAUCAUCAUCAUCAUCAUUAUCAUAAUAAUAAUAAUAAUCACCAUCAUCAUAGUAAUUUACAAUCAUCCAGUUUUAAUUAUCCACAAUCACCUCAUCGUACACCACAACAUCAACCAUAUAAUUUAAAUUGUUCAGUUCCAGUUGAUCUCCGUCCCUUACCAAAGGAACCUGAAAAAGAAAACAGUGUAACCGUAAAGGUUAUCAAAAAAGGUUUAAAGGUUAAACCGAUCAAGUAUAAUAAAAGCGAGAAAAAGGAACAUGGUUCAAAUAUUGGAAUUAAUCUCCAUGGAUCAAGUAACCAACACCAUUCGAGUUUAUCUUCAGAGAAACCAUUUAUUUCUUCACCGACCAAUUUUGAGCACACUUGUCAUGUCCGAUUCGAUGCUCAUACCGGUGAAUUUACAGGGAUGCCCGAAUCAUGGAGUAAACUUUUACAACACUCGAAUAUUAGUAAAAUAGAACAGAAGAAAAAUCCUCAAGCUGUGUUAGAUGUUCUCAACUGGUAUGAUUCAAGUAAUCGUGAAACAAUUGCAAAUCUACCUAAAUACAUGACAAUCAAUCCAUCAUUAGCGGAUUUGAUUGAUUCUUUUCUGACGUCAAAUGCAUCACAAUCAAAUUUUGUUCCUGAAAAAUAUUCAACCAAGAAAAAUACAUCAUGUAUCUCCGUCUCAACUACAUCAACAAUGUUGGUCUCCUCCAAUUCUGCCUCAAGCUGUACCAGUGACGCUGGACUGGGCAGUGGUAAUUUAAGUGCAACUAGUUCACCAAUUCAUUCAAUAAUUAAAAUAAGUCCAUCAUCAAAUGGUAGUAGUUGUACACCACAUGAAUCUUUACAAGAACCUUCAUCAUGUACAUCAUCUCUCAGCUCUAAUCCACCAUCAACACCGGAAGAAGAUAUAAUAAAAAGCCAAUCAAGUAAACAUCAAAAUAUUUCACUUGAUCAUCAACAAACAAUUCAACAAAAUGUCCCAACUAUAAAUGAUCAUAGUAGUGGUAGUAGUUGUAAUAGUAGUAGUCGUAACAGUAAUGUCAUUGAUGAUGUUCACCAACGAUCUUCACAAGUUGAUAAUGAUCAUGAUGGAGAUGAUGAUAAUAAUACAGUUACAACAACACCUCCGCUACUUCCACCUCCACCACCACCACCCACACGUCCCGAGAAAACUAAAUCCAUCUAUACAAGGCCAAUAUGUAAAUCCAAAUUUCCUGGGUUAACUGGUUCUUCUUCAAUAACAAUUUCCUCCAGCACCAUAAACACAACAACACCACCACCACCACCAUCUUCAAAUGUAUCCACUAAUUCAACACCAGUUCAUCAACAACAAAAGCCAAUCAAUUCACCUACAACACCUUUGGCCUCACCUUUAAAUAUACCUAAAUUACCAUCGACACCAAAAAAUGUUCCUACCAAAAAUAUCACCAAUAAUCCAAUGAUAGAGAAAACAAUUAACGCAGUUAACAAUUUAUCUAUUGAUAGUAAAUCUGGUCAUAAUAUCAACAUGAUUCUCACAAAUAACAGUGUAAACAAAAUCAAAACAAUUAACAAGGAUCAUGUGAAUAACAACAAUAAUAUAAAUCACAACCUAAACAACAACAACAACAACGUCAACAAUAAUAACAAUCAAAUUAACGAUUUAAACACCAAGAUUACCAAUACCACCAACAGCAAUAUAAAUAAUGUUAAUAAAUCAGAGAUAAACAAUCAAGUGAAAAAAGAUGGAGGAAAUGGAUUAAUCAAGAAAAGGAAAAUGACAGAGGAAGAGGUUAUGGAUAAACUACGAAGUAUUGUGACCAUCGGUGAUCCUAAUAGAAAAUAUUCUAAAAUAGAGAAAAUCGGUCAAGGAGCCUCGGGCGUUGUUUAUACAGCAAUUGAAGUAUCAACCGGAAUGGAAGUAGCAAUUAAACAAAUGAAUCUAAUUCAACAGCCAAAUAAGGAGCUGAUAAUAAACGAGAUUCUGGUGAUGAAGGAAAACAAGCACCCGAAUAUCGUUAAUUAUCUAGAUUCGUAUUUGGUUGGUGAGGAAUUGUGGGUUGUUAUGGAGUAUUUACCUGGAGGAUCUUUGGUAGAUGUUGUCACCGAAACUUGUAUGGAUGAGGGUCAAAUAGCUGCUGUUUUAAGGGAAAUUCUGCAAGCACUGGAAUUUUUACAUGCAAAUGAUGUCAUUCACCGAGAUAUUAAAUCAGAUAACAUUCUCCUUGGAAUGGAUGGUUCAGUUAAAUUGACUGAUUUCGGAUUUUGUGCUCAAAUUUCACCAGAACAAAAUAAAAGGACAACCCUUGUUGGUACACCCUAUUGGAUGGCUCCGGAAGUAGUUACCAAAAAACAGUAUGGUCCAAAAGUGGAUAUUUGGUCCUUAGGGAUAUUAGCAAUUGAAAUGAUUGAAGGAGAACCUCCAUAUUUAAAUGAAAAUCCUCUCAGGGCUCUCUAUUUGAUUGCCACCAAUGGUAAACCAUCAAUUAAGGAUAAAGAUAAACUUUCAGUUCUAUUUCAAGAAUUUCUGGACAAGUGCCUCGAAGUUGACGUUGAUAAACGAUGGUCAUCAUCAGAACUUCUUAAACAUCCGUUCCUUAAAUUAGGAAGACCUUUAUCAUCUAUUCAUCCAUUGAUUGUUGCAGCCAAACAAGCAGCUAAUGGAAAUUAAAAGUCAUUCAUCCAAUUUACUAAUCACUCAGCCUUUUUUUUUCAUCAGUGAUAGUCAAUUGAAUCAUCUUGUCAGCAAAAAAAAAAUAUUCUACAGUUUUUAAUUAAUCCAUAGAUCUGAAAGGAAAACAAUUGACCAAGUAAUGACAAUGAAAAUGCAUGGAAAUGUUUAUUUGGCUAUUUUUUGCUGCUAUUGGAAAUCAUCAUCAACAUCCAUCAAAAUAUUGUUUGAUAUCAAUUUUUACCUCAUCUCUCAGAGUCAAGGAAAAAGUAAAUGAUAACGAUGGAGAUGGAUAAAGAAAAAGAGAGAGAUGAAAAAAUAAAUCCAAUCAAACUGUGAAGAGGGAGAAAUGGAUUAGGUGAUUUUAAAGCUAUUAUUUUGCGCAAUUGGAAGAUAAUCAACAUUGUGAGCCCAAUUUUUGGCAAAUAUCGCAAGAGAGAGAGAGAGAGAGAGAGAGAAACCUUUGUGAUUAAGCUCAUGAAAGAUGCGACAUGAAACCAAGUGAAUAAAGCAAAGAUGAUAAAACUCACUAGGAGACAGAAAAUGACAGACAAGAAACAAUAUUACACUUCCGGGAGAAAAGACUUUUUUUUAUCCUUCUUUACAUCUCUCUCUCUCUCUCUCUCUCUCUCUCUCUCUCUCUCUCUCUCUCUCUCUCUCUCUCACCCACUCUUCCUCAUCAUGUGAUCUAGAGAAAUUUUUUAUCCUGAAAGUUUCUUGAUGCAAAGAACAUUUUUCUUUCUCUUACUAGUACUUUUCAAGCUCGUUAUUUUUAAUUGAAUUAAUUUCAAUCCUUUUUAUUUAAGUUCAUUCAUAAUCACUUAAUCGGUUAACCAGAGAUUAAACCAGAAUACCAAAAGUGAUUGCGAAAAAAAAGUUCAAUGGCAAUACAAGGAACAAGACAAUUCUAAUAUUUCCUCCAAGUUGACAAAAGGACAUAAAUGAUUUAGAUGAACUCUUCUAAUUAUAAAUAUUAUAUAUUAUAAAUAUAUAUACAUAUAAAUAAUGACAAUUAUGAUGAGAUAUACAAUCGAUAUACAAUAGGAGACAAAUUAUUUUAUAUUUAUACUUAUUGUGGUUUGUGCCAAAAAUAUAAUUAAAAACAAUUAAGAAACAAAAACAA